CGUACUUCCGCUCUGCUGUGGCUGUGGUUGUUCAGGACUGUCGAGCACUGGCGGCAUUUCACCGGAUUAAAACCCCUUUUGCAGUAGUAUCUGCAAACCAGUUUUGAUUCCCAGCCUUAUUUAAACACCAUGGCCGACAGCGAUGAUGAGUAUGACCGCCGGCGCAGAGACAAAUUCCGCCGGGAGAGAAGCGACUAUGACAGGUCCCGGGAGAGAGAGGACCGCCGCAGAGAUGACUGGAAUGACAGGCGACCCUCGGCUAGAGAGUGGGACAGAGGGCGUGAACGGCGCAGCCGUGGAGAGUACCGGGACUACGAGAGAGGCAGAAGAGAGAGAUUUUCCCCCCCUCGUCACGACAUGAGCCCUCAGCAGAAGCGCAUGAGGAGAGACUGGGAUGACCAUGCAGGCGACCCUUACCAUGGUGGCUAUGAUCUGGGUUAUGGAGGAGGUGGACCCAGCUAUGCUCCUCCUCAGCCAUGGGGUCACCCUGAUAUGCACCUCAUGCAGCCGCAUCAUGGAAUCCCCAUCCAGGCCAGGCUGGGCAACAUCCAUGAUAUGGAUCUUGGUCCUCCACCUCCUGUGAUGAAGACUUUUAAGGAGUUCUUGCUGUCUCUGGAUGACUCUGUGGAUGAAACGGAGUCUGUCAAACGCUACAAUGAGUACAAGAUUGAUUUUAGGCGGCAACAGAUGCAGGAUUUCUUCCUGGCCCAUAAAGAUGAAGAGUGGUUUCGUUCUAAGUAUCACCCUGAUGAGGCAGGAAAACGCAAAGCAGAGGCCCAUUGCGCGCUACAAAACAGGCUCAACGUAUACACAUUUCUCAUGGACAAUAGCUGGUUUGAAUCUGUCACUCUGGACAUCGAGCACGCUCCACAAAUCACCAAGAUUUUAGAUGCAGCCGUGAUAAAGAUGGAAGGAGGGGGCGAGAAUGACCUGCGCAUCCUAGAACAGCCAAUUGAGGAAGAGGAGGAGAAAGAGAGACUGUCGUCUGGUGGUGCUGGAUCUGAACCUACCAAACGAGAUGAGCCCAAGCCCAUCGAUGCUGAGCGCAAACCAUCGACUGAGAAAGAGAAGAUGGAUGAGGGGGAUGAGGGUGUGGAGAAGGAAGCAGGUACUUCUGCAGGCGUGAGUGAAGGAGAGGAGAAGGCAGAGAAGGAACCACCUGUCGAACCAAUCCCUGAACCUAAGAAGCUGAGUAAGAAGAGGAAGAGAAAGCACAGUGGAGACAGUGAAGAUGAAGCCAGCGCAUCUGAGAGCGAAUCUGAUUCUGAUUCCGACUCUAACUCUCACUGCUCUGAGAAACCCUCUGAGAGGGAGAGGGAAAGAGAGCGAGAGCAAGAGAGGGAACCAGAUGAGGGAGAGGACAAGGAAGAUGAGGAAGAAGAGGAGGGGGAAGCAAUUGAUGUGAAGGAGAGUUCGGAGGAGCAACAGAAAGAAAAAGAGAAAGAAAAGGAGAAGAAAGUGAAAGAUGAUCAGCCGCUGAGACCUCGACCUCUUCACAGAACGUGCUCUCUCUUCAUGAGAAGCAUCGCUCCAACUAUAUCUAAAGCUGAGAUUGUUGCUCUUUGUCGCCGUUAUCCAGGAUUCAUGCGUGUUUGUUUGUCAGAACCUCAACCAGAACGCAGGUUUUUCAGGCGUUGCUGGGUGACCUUUGACAGAGGGGUGAAUAUCAAAGAGAUCUGCUGGAACCUGCAGAACAUCCGACUGCGGGACUGUGAGUUGGCUCCCGGAGUCAAUCGAGACUUGGCACGGCGUGUUCGAAAUGUAAACGGAAUCACUCAGCACAAGCAGGUGCUUCGUAAUGACAUCAAGAUGGCCGCUAAACUGAUCCACGCACUGGACGAUAGGGAGAAACUCUGGAGCCACGAACCACGGGAAGAGCCGCCCACUAUGGAGCAUCUUCCUGCUCAGAACCCCAUUCUGAAGAACAUCACUGAUUACCUCAUAGAGGAAGUGAGUGCAGAGGAAGAGGAGCUUCUGGGAAGUGCAGGCGCAGCAGAUUGUGAGGAUGGAAACAAAGAUGGAAACCCUACUGAGAUCACAGUGGAGAGAGAUGAAAAACUGGUCAAGGUGUUGGAUCGUCUUCUGUUCUAUCUUCGUAUCGUUCACUCUAUUGAUUACUACAACACCUGUGAGUACCCGAGUGAAGACGAGAUGCCAAACCGUUGUGGGAUCAUCCAUGUGCGCGGACCCAUUCCCCCCAACCGUAUUACUCACAGAGAGGUGGUGGACUGGCAAAAGACAUUUGAAGACAAGCUAGGACCACUGUUCAGUGUGAAGGAAUCACUGUCUGAAGAUGAAGCGGGGAAGAUGGGCCGCAAAGACCCAGAGCAGGAAGUGGAAAAGUUUGUGUUGGCUAACACACAGGAGCUUGGCAAGGACAAAUGGCUCUGUCCACUCAGUGGCAAGAAGUUUAAGGGCCCAGAGUUUGUUAGGAAGCACAUCCUUAACAAACACGGUGAUAAGAUUGAGGAAGUGAAGAAAGAAGUGGUGUUCUUCAACAACUUUCUGAUGGAUGCAAAAAGACCCUCCAUCCCAGAGAUGAAGCCUCCACCACCUCCAGGUCCUGGCCAGGGAUUGCUUUCACCUGCAGGUCUUCCUUUCCCUCCUCAGGGUCCCCAGGGUCUGAUGGGUUUUGGCCAGCCCAGACCUCCAGUUAUGGGCUACGGAGGUGGACCUCCUUACCCCCCAAACCAGUAUGGUGGAGGCGGCAGAGGUAACUAUGACAACUUCCGUGGACAAGGCAGUUACCCUGGGAAACCUAGAAACAACCGGAUGAUGCGUGGGGAUCCUCGCAAUAUCAUUGAAUAUCGUGAUUUAGACGCACCGGAUGAUGUGGACUUCUUUUAGAACUCCAUUUUUAUUCUCUCUAUUUUUAAAUGUGUUUUUGUUUUUUACGAUUAUUUCAGUACUUAUUUAGUCUUGUUUGUGCAUUAAUUCCAGAAACUGCUCAGCACUGUCCCUUACUGUUCACUCACAUGUCACAGAGUAGCGCUGCACCUGAAGUGAACGCAUGUCUCGUGUUGAUCAUCAAUGUCGGUCAUAGUGUGAGCUUGUGCUAUUUCCUUGUUUUUCUGCCAAUAAAACUAAUUUGAAUACCAUUUGUGUAAUG